AUGAAUGAAUGCUACCAACGACAAGCAGAAGCUAGCAGGCCGCGUAAGGGUAAGGUUGCAGCAGCAAGAGUGGAUCAAGAAUGUUCCAGGCAGAGUGGGUCGAAAUUAGAGUUUGGUGGUCCGAGCAAUGGAGAUACGAGUGGGCUGAUCUACAAAGAUAAUCAUAAUCAGCCUACUGUCUCUGCAAUCCCAACUCCUUGCAUAGUUGCUGAUCAAGAAGGUGCAGAGGGCGCCUCGUCUCCAGCAAAAACAAACUUGCCCGGCUGGGGUGGAGCCGGCUUCAGAAGCCAGGCUCGACGUGCUGCAACUGGCAAAGGCACGCAGAGCAGCAGAGUGGACAGACUGGCAGAACAUCUAGCAAAUGUGGAGAAGAGUGAUCACAAGCAUGUUGUGACUACACACCUCCAAAGUGACGCACUUAUAUGGCUCAAGGAUUACAAUGAUUCUGCGUUGCCCGAUGUUGAGGCAAAGGCGAAGGCGAUGGCGCGGGCCAACGAGAAGAUGAAGGCGCCACAUAUUUCAGGGUCUGUUUUGGAUCUCGUGUUGAAGGGGGGGAGGUUAUUGGCUGAAAUGAAAAAUUAA